GAAAGAAGGGACCGGGGGUGUCACGUGACAUCGCUGAUCGGAAGCAACAUGGCGGCGAUGCAUGUGGAGCCGAAACAACUCGGACAAGAGUACCGCUUUCUGCUGCGCUUCGAAUAACGGCACUCACCUGGCCGUGAAAAGCCGGCCCCGGGUCGGCCACGCGCCGUGCCAUGGAGGACGAACUCAGGUUGGCGUUCCCAUCCCUGCCAGCCCCGAGGGAGGACGCACUGGACUGGGCGUACCCCAUGAGGAGGGAAAUGCAGGUCCUUAUUCAUCAGCAAUGAAAAGUAAGCUCUCAUUUCUUGAAAAACAUGGAAUAACUCAUAUAGUUUGCAUCAGACAGGACAUUGAAGCAAACUUCAUUAAACCAAACUUCCCAGAAAGAUUUAGGUAUUUGGUUUUAGAUAUUGCUGAUAAUCCUGUGGAAAAUAUUAUCAGGUAUUUUCCAAUGACAAAGGAUUUCAUUGACUCAAGUUUACAGAAUGGAGGAAAGGUCCUUGUCCAUGGAAAUGCAGGGAUUUCCAGAAGUGCAGCUUUAGUAAUUGCGUACUUAAUGGAAACAUUUGGUUUAAAGUAUAGGGAUGCCUUCAGCCAUGUGCAGGAGAGGAGGUUUUGCAUCAACCCCAAUGCUGGAUUUGUACAUCAACUUCAGGAGUAUGAGGCAAUUUAUCUUGCAAAGCUAAGUGUGAAGAUGAUGUCUCCUGUUCAUCUUGGACAGUCCUUCUCCAUGGAAGCAGGGGCACAAGGAAGCUUGAAGCGAACUUUGGAGGAUGACGAAGACUUUGGAAGCAUGCAGGUGACAGCAGCCCAAAAUGGAUAAUUGAAAGAUUGAAGCCAUCAGAUUCACUAGAUGACUUGACAAAUUUUAUGGGGUUGAGGAAUUGUUUCUACUAUGGAGGGGAAUUAGCGAUAAUUUCAGUUAUCAGAACACUUGUUUUAAUGAAAGAAAUCCUCUGCCAUGGACUUGUGAGGUAGGAGUUUGCUGGAGGAGAUAUCAACACACGCAUGGUUGAAGGAAUGGGUUUAAUCCUUCUUUUGGGGGGUGUUGGGGGGGGGGUUGGGUUGGUAUUGAGGUAGAAUGCACUGAUUUAAUAUUGCUAUUUUAUAGCGUUUAAUACAUUUAACAAAGGGGGAGACACUGCAAUAAGGCUCCUUUUAUACUUGAACUCGCUUCUUUUUUUUCUUUUCUUAAAGAAUCUGGCCCCAUUAAGAUGAGUUGUUUCUUAGGUUUCUAAUGCAAACAUCACAAACAGCUUUUGCGUAUGAACGCUAUGUUUACUCAAAGUCAGAUGCUAAAAGAUGGAAGUGAUGCAUCUUGAAUUGCAGGGUUAUUAUCCCCCCACCACCAAUCCAUGACUAGAAUGGCAAUCCUGUAUAUCACAAGCAAAUUUCAGUGGUUAGGCCAUCCCAUAUGAUUUUAAUUUUUGAAAGAUACGAGGUGGUGAUGUUUUUAAUUGGGACCCUUGCUGUCCUGUUUUUUUUUUUCUCUCUCUCUCUAAAUUGCACUCAUUAUAAUGAGACUGAAAGCGGGAUGAACUUGGUUAGUAAUAAUGACUCCAUGCAUUCUGGGUCAGAACCCCAUAGUGCAUUAAGGGACACGGAACAGUGUAAAUUAGGAGGCGUUCUGCUUAGAGCAUUGUGCAACAGCUUCAGUUUGUAAAAUCAAUUAAUAUGUUAAUGGUAUUUAUACAUAUUGAUUAAAUACAGUUUGCUAUAAAAGUG